CAGUAUUGGCGACUCCCGGCGAAACGAACUGAAUUACACUAUCUGAUUCGAUCAAUUUCGCGCAUAGUGUAACUGCAUCUGGUAACGAUGGUUCUGAUCGUUCUGCCGCUUCUGCAGACAACGGUACGGGCAAGAGCUGGACUUCAAACGCUUCGGAUACCCGGACAUCGAGGCCCUGGCGUUAGAGCUUGACUGGCAUCAUGAAUUUCGCGAGAAACGCUGGCGGCUGAAAGUGCGACGCUUACUCAGCGUGGAGUGCGCCAGGCCUCCGACCCCCCCAUUCGACCCCGACGACGCGCUGCCCGGUAUCCCCUAUGAUCGUAGCGUGUUUCCGGAGGAUUGCAUGGGGAUGACGGAGGUCAUCCCUUCCGAGCCGCUGGACUCGCUGGCCAGCGGCACCUCGGUGCGAGUGGUGGUGGGCGAGGUGUACUCACCCUCGCACUUCUGGCUGCAACGCCUGGGCGAGCAGUUCCAGGAGGCCCUGAGCGAGAUGAUGGAUGACAUGACGGAUUACUACAGGUUUGGCCAGGGCAAAGGACGCGUGCUAACGGUGGGCGCCGUGUGCGUGGGCCACUACUGCAGCAGCGUGUUCGAGGGCUACUGGCAUCGCUCGGUCAUCGUGCGCGUGCUGGAUAGCGACACCGUCAAGGUGCGGCUCAUAGACUACGGCACCGUGAUGAGCGUGUCGGUGGACGACCUCAAGCCGCUGCGGCGCGAGUUCGCAGCGCUGCCAGCGCAGGCGGUGCGCGCGCGCCUGGCCGGCGUGCGGCCGGCCGGCGGCAGCCUGUGCUGGUCGCACGCCACCUCCGCGUACUUCCAUCGCCUCGCGUACGACAAGCGCUUCGUCGCCAAUAUCAUCGCCGUCGACAGAGACGAGGCCAUCCUCGAGGUGUUUUUGAUGGACACAUCUGCGGACGAGGACGUGUGCAUCAGCAAGCAGUUGUUGAGCGUCGGGCACGCCGACAUUCGCCCCGACGCCGCGACGCAGAGAUCGGACUUGUACCUCUUCCCGCAGUUUGCCGCGCUCGAGUCCGGCGCCGCUCCCAACUUCUGCGAAAUCCAAACCUGCCUGCGCGACGGCAUCAUGCUCGAAUACGUGGAGGACUACCGCCGCCACGUGCCCGCCUGCCGGCCGCUGCACGAGCGCCCUGAGGCAGCAACGAGCAACGAGAGCUCGCCGUCGCCCGACGAGCAGCCGGAAACCUCGAGCGCCUCCCGGGCGCUUUGCGAUCAUCCACGUGCGCGCCCGAUAGGCCCCCGCGACCCGCGCAACGGGCCUUGCCCGCGUUGCUGCGACCCCCGCCCUGACCGGCGCGCUCCCUUCGAUCCACCGCGCGAUCCGAACAACGCUCCUAGCCCGCGCGCGCCCUCCGCUCCUCCACGUAUGCGCCCGUUGGUCCCGCGUAAUGUGCGCAGCGCCUCUAGCCCGCGACCCCCAAUCUUACAUCCACCGCGUUAUCGCCGGAAGGGCUCUCUCGAACCGUACAACGCCACUAGCCCGCAUUGUGACGGCCUCAGUGUAGAUCCGUGGGCGCCCUGCGAUUCUCCGCGUGGGCGCCCGAUGAGCCCGCGCGAAUCACGCAAUGCCCCUAGCCAGCUUUGCGACGUCCCGCUGGUGCCCCGCGUGGCCUUACGCUCUCCACGCAACGCUCCUAGCACACGUUUCAACACGCCUCGAGUGUCCCAGGGCGAUCCGCGGAACGCCCCUAGAACGCGUUGCGAUGCUUCGCGUGCGCCACGCGCCGAUCUGCUUGCGUCUCAAGGCGCCGUUCCGCGCCACCGGCCGCUCGAUCCCAAUCUGUCGAUGCGCUCGUCCUCCAGCCCUCCAGAGUCCACUUCGUGCGGCAGACCGCCGGCGUCCGAAGCUCGUCCGAUUCCCCCGAGCCCGCCUCCGUUCCGCGAGGCCCUGCGCGCUCAGUACAACGCCCCUAACCCACGUUGCGAUGCCCCGCGUGUGCCGCGCGCCGAACUGCUUGCAUCUCAAGGCGCCGUUCCGCGCUACCGGCCGCCCGGUCUCAAUCAAUUGAUGCGCUCGUCCGGCAGCCCGCCAGAGUCCGCCUCGUCCAGCGACUCGUCGGCGUCUGAAGCUCGUCCGCCUCCCCCGAGCCCGCCUCCGUUCCGCGAGGCCUUGCGCGCUGCGUGCAACGCCCCUACCCCACGUUCCGAUGUUCCGCGUACGCCGCGCGCCGAACUGCUUGCGUCUCAAGGCGCCGUUUCGCGCCACUGGCCGCUCGAUCCCAAUCUGUCGAUGCACUCGUCCUCUAGCCCGCCAGAGUCCACCUCGUAUGGCGAACCGCCGGCGUCCGAAGCUCGUUCAACUUCUCUGAGCCCGCCUCCGUUCCGCGAGGCCCUGCGCGCCCCGUACAACGCCCCUAACCCACGUAGCGAUGCCCCGCGUGUGCCCCGCACCGAACCGCUUGCGCCUCCAAGCGCCGUUCCGCGCUACCAGCCGCCCGGUCUCAAUCGGUCGAUGCGCUUGUCCGGCAGCCUGCCAGAGCCCACCUCGUGCAGUUUCUCGUUGGACUCUGUAACUCGUCCGACUCUCCCGAGCUUGAACCCGUCUGACGAGGUUCCGGCCCGGUCCCCGCCGCCAACGUACGGCGCUAGCGUAGGGCUCGGCGCCAGCGUGUUGCUGCCGAUGGUGGAUUGUGAGAUCUUCCAGCUGUUGGGAAUGGUCAAUGUCAGCGCAGCGCGCUGGUACAUGUCGAAUGCGAUAUCGCGCGCGAUGCCCACGGGCCAGACGUCGGCGUUACCAACGGCGUCCACGCUGAAUUUGGCGCCACCGGCAUCCACGCCCAACUUAGCGCCGCCGGCGUUCAUGCCGAAUGUCGCGAUGCCGGCGUCUACGCUGAACGUGGAGGCACCGGAGUACCAACCCGCCGGCGAGCGCCCGCCGCCCGCGCCCUUCUAAAGGGUUCUUUCCCGUUCUUUUCUUUCCCUUCCCUUUCUGUUCCCGUUGCCGUUGCGGGCAAAAGAUACGAGGGUGGAUUGGAAUAUUCACGGUCUAACACAUACAUAGGCACUUGAACUAUUAUGAUGUAACUGACUUCAUUCGAUUUGUUUACUCUCUGGUUGUCACAUUGUAAAAGAAGAACGGUCACGCCCCAUACAAAAAAAAACCCAGACC